AUGUCCCACGUCCCACCAACCCAGUCCAUUCCCAAACCAGAGGAACCUAAAGAACCACAACAGUCUCCUCAGCAACCUCAGUUCCAGCAAGUACCUCCACCAAAUUACUACCAAUUUCCACCUCAAGGUUACUACCCACCACAAGGCUUCCCGAACUACCCUCCUCAGCCUAUGCCUUACUUCCCCAACCCUUGGAUGUUCCAGCAAGCUCCACCCCAGCAAUUCCAAUCUCAAUCCAAAUCGAAGAGAGACCAAGAGUUCGAAGAAGGUCUGAACCGUUUACGCAAAGAGUAUGCCACAGCUCCAAUUGAGAGAAAGUUGUUCCCGGACCAAAAAUAUAUUUUAGGGUAG